UUAAAAUCUUAAACAAAUUAUUAUUCACCACGUGAGGUCAAAGGUUGGUGGCAGACGAUACAGAAGGAAAAGCUCAUGUUACAUAACUGAUGCUGAACAGUGAUCAGAAGGCAGUGAACUGAAUAUGGGGGAGAAAUCUGGUGUCAGGCGCAGAAGAAUUGUUGGCCGUCGGUCCGAUGAUCUGGACAGGGAUCCAUAUCAAGAAGAAAAAUCUCCGGGAUGGAACAGAGCUGCCUGCCUCAUCGGUGUGUUUGCAGCCCUGAUUCUGACACCCAUCAUCAUUGCCGUGAUUCCUGCUCCAAUAGAACCUGUGGUAUAUCUACUCAAAGAGCCCCCUGUCUUUGAGGGACCAUUAGAGCCAAACACUCACCUGCAAAAGGCAGAACAUAUAUAUGAGGACCAAGUAAUAGGACCAGAGUCCAUUGUUGUUGAUGGAGACCACAUUUACACUGGCACUGCUGAUGGAAAAAUAUUACAUAUUCAUAAAGGGGAGAUAACUGUCCUGGCAAGACUUGGAGUGGAGCCGUGUGGUACAUUUGAAUCAGAGCCAACAUGUGGUCGCCCUUUGGGAAUGAGACUGGACAAAGAAGGGUAUUUAAUUGUUGCAGAUGCAUACUUGGGGCUUUUCCGAGUAAAUGUAGCUACAGGUGAUGUGUUUGCCCUAUGGCCAUCCUCCUUCCCUAUUGGUGGUGACAAGAUCCGCUUCCUCAACGAUGUGGCAGUUGCCAGCAAUGGGCUCAUCUACAUGACAGACUCAAGUACCAAAUGGGACCGCCGCCACAAUCGGUACCUUGUGCUGGAGGCAGACAGGACUGGCAGGUUACUGGAACAUGACCCCAAGACCAACACCACAGCAAGGAUAGCCAGUGUCAUUUCCUUUGCUAAUGGUAUACAGCUGUCACAGAAAGAAGACUUCCUCAUGAUAUGUGAGACCACAAAAGCCAGAAUUCUAAAAUAUCAGUUAACAGGGCCAGGAUCAGGGGAGGUAAGCGUGUUCAUUGACAACUUGCCUGGCCUUCCAGACAACAUCCGUCCAAGCAGCUCUGGUGGAUACUGGAUAGGCAUGUCUGCAGUUCGCCAGGGAGGAAAGUUUAACUUGAUAGAUUAUGCAUCACAGAGGCCAUGGAUAAGAACUCUCAUCACAAAGCUGUUCUCCCAAGAUAUGAUAAUGAGAUUUGUACCAAAGUAUGGCUUGGUGAUUGAGGUCAGUGCUGAGGGGAAGAUACUACGGAGUUUGCAUGACCCCACAGGAAAGGUCAUCCCAUCAGUGAGUGAGGUGGAGGACAAGGAUGGAGUGCUAUAUCUAGGCUCUUAUAACCUUCCAUACAUGUCCAGAUUGUAUCUAUCAGGUCUAGAUAAAAGUAAAAACUAAUUCCAAAUCAUCAGUUUCAGAUAUUGGAUUAAUAGCAUUUGAUCAAUUAUUUUCAAUCAUCCAGAAUCAUAACAUUUGUAGAACAGUUAAACUGUUACCAAACACAGCUUCUUUGAAAGAACCUGUCCCUUUACCUUAUUACCCUAUUUUUCUGUUACUUUCCAUGUUCAAAGUCAAAAGUAGAAAAAAAGGCCUGUUAGAUAUCUUCAAUUCUCUGUUAGAUGAAGAUGACAGUGUACAUAUCGUACUAGUCAUCGAAACGUCACAUAGAAAAUGUUAUUGGUUGUGUAAAAAGAACUUCUCAU